UUGUACUGUAUGUAUAUUUCAUUUCAUAGAUUCUUGUGACGAGGUGUAUGUCGAUAAAUACUGCCGAUAUCCAUAUCCCCUCCAUGCCAUUCAUCCAACUCAUGAAUGUAAAACCAACAUCGCUAUAUGUAUCGCGAAAAAGCUCAGGCUCAAUUUUCCAAAAAAACGUGGAGCCUAGCCGCGCCCCGUCCAAAAAAUGCAUAAAAACAUACAACAGCAGGUAUUCCCCAGUGGUCACCCACCUGAGUACUAAUCCGCCGGUAUCAAGAUUGACUAUCCGAGAUCGGACGGGAUCGGGUCGGACUCUUGAUCCUAUGGUCGUAUGUGCUAGGAGAUUAGAGUUAAAGGAAUAAUGUAGGCGGUUUGCCACCGGGGUGUUUCCAAAAACAUCAUGUCGUUGAUAUAGGGAACAUAUUCACGCAAUUCAUAAACACACUUUUCCAAC